AUGAGCGAUGUCCUCACUGUCGGACAGCCGCCAAAUCAUUUCGAGAAGAUCGACGUGCUGUGGCACGCCACCGAGGAGAAGAAUAUCGUGCCGCGCGAGGAGGUGCCGACGGUCACCGACGGCGGCGCAGUCCUCACGAAGGCGGAGCCCACGUUCAUGGCGGCGUGCGAGUCGCCGAUCGAGCCGCCCCACCCGACCACGUACAUGACCAUCCAAAACGGCAAGUUCAACGGGACUCUCGAAGCCGCGAACGUCGAGCAGAGUACUUCCGACGGGCUGGACAAGAACCCGUCAGCAGAGAAGCUCGUUAACGAGACGGCGACUGAGCAGAAGGCGGAAGAGAAGCUCGAGUUUGAGGACAAACGGAAGGAGAGCGAGAAGGCGGUGCUGCCAGGGCGCCGGCGUCACAUGGCCCGCACCGACGAGAAACCCCCCGACAUGGCUGGCCCGCCACUGGCCAGUGCGAGCUGCGGCGAGCCCGCUAACAAAGAGGCCUUCGACAAGGGCGUUGAGGACAACCCGCCCUGCGCGGACAGAGAACUGAGCCACACCGCAUGCGGGGCUCUCGCGCCUGCUGCCAAAGAGGUCGUCGACCCGUGCGGCGAGACGGCCAUGGAGCAGAAGGUCCUCGUGCGCAGCACCACAUACGAGGACCG